CGUACAUUCUACUACAUAUAUUACUGCACUAUAUUAUUUUGUGUAUAUUAUAUAACGACAAAAAGAAUUCUUUAUCCUAAGGAUUUAUCCUGGCAUGUGUUGCAACGACGAUUUUCAGGCACACUGGGUUCGAUCGCUUCCUUAUCGUUCAGCCAGAAGCAGGCACUAAACGCUUCAUGGCGUUUGCUACGUCCUCAGGCACCGAAUCUCUUCCGGAAAAUUUUUCUCGAAUUAGAAGUGGUAUCAUGUAAAGUGAAACAGAUUUUCUAUAAAGCACUCUGUGUCGAUGCGUUCAAUAAGGAUGAAGAAAAUAUCGCUACCAUGGAGGUGCAUGUCAAGCUGAUGGUAAAGUUUUUUGACGACCUUCUGGUAACGUUGGACGACGACGCCGAGCGUAUCGAUAGAAUGAAACGAAUAGGAUCCGCCCACGCAGUUCUUGCAAGAACAUGCGGGUUCACUAGUGAUAUUUGGGAACGACUCGGUGAAAUUUCCAUGGAACGAAUUUGCUCACAUGAAAUUGUCCAAAAGACUCGAGAAGCUGCUCGAGCUUGGCGAAUACUACUCGCAUGCGUGAUCGACGAAUUUCGUGGCGGCUUCGAUGGUGAAGCCCGUUAUCAUAGAAAAACGUCCUCCGUGGAGCAACUGGAGGAUGUCGACGACGAUGUGACGAACGAUAUUCACGAAAAAAUGCGUCAACUUCGUAUGGAGUACGAUUCAACAGUGCCUUAUCAGUAG